GUGUGUGGACUCUGAAAGUGUCCUAUCUCUAUCUACUUCGUAGAAGAAAAUCAGAGAAAAUAAUGUCAUCAGCCACUGCCAUUGGAUUCACAGUGAAUUGGUGGCUGCACUGUCACGCGCGAAUGUCUCCUUCAUGUUUUGUGUCGUCUCGUUUAUCCUACAACUCUAAGCCCAACUUCAACUUUAUUCUGAGAGCAUCCUCUGAAGGACUUCCCUCUGAAUUGAUUGAAGACUCGAAGUUCGUUCCUCUGAAUGCCGAGGAUCCGAGAUAUGGUCCACCUGCCUUAUUGUUGUUGGGCUUUGAAGCACAUGAAGUUUUGAAGAUUCAACAGCUUUUAAAAGAGUUAGAUGGUGAAUUUCUGAAGGUCAUCUAUUGUACUGAAGACAUGGUCACACGUUCGCUUUGGGAGGCAGUGCAUACAACACAGCACAAUUUGGAAGAGGUCAAGAUAGCUAAGUCCCUUCCUCGAAUAUGUUUCUUAUCUGGUUUAAGCGGUGAGGAGAUGAUGAUGUUCAUAGAUUCUUUCCCUGAAACUGGAUUAAGACCAGCUGCAUUUGCCGCACUUGUUCCCAACAGUGCUAAUAAACCACUGCAGGAGUUGAUAGAAGAAAUAACGGGAGACCAUGAAACGUUGACCGGAGAACAGUUAUGAAGAUUUAAAUUCCAGUUGAAUCCCAGGAGAGCGACUAGAAAAUCGAUUUGCUCUGUAUCAUGUAAUCAAAAUAAACAUUGUAAAAUAUAAAUAUAAAUCUACUUGGAUUUUAAGUA